AUGGCGACGACGAGCGCGCCGAUAGCAGCGCCGAGUCCAGCGGCAGCGACCUUUUGGUUGGCGGCGUCGCCUUCGAAUGAGCUGAGCCCGUGGCUGGUUGAGGAACUGUUGUUUCUCGCGGUGGUGGCGUUUGGCCGGCUGCUGAACGAGGUGCUCAACGUGGUGGUGGUGUACGGCGUGGAUGUGGAUUCGGUGGUGGAAACCAUGGAAGUGGUCACUUCGGGCGUGGUGGUCACGUCGACGUACGAGACGCUAUCAGCAGUGGCGAGGGAGGCAGCAGAUGCAAUGGCAGCGAUGGUAACAGUAGCGAAAAAUUUCAUUUUUAGCGAAAGCGAGUGUACGGUUUGGUUAUAUGCCUCUUAUGAUGCCAGUUAUUCAUUUCUUCGUACUAUUGGGCUCUUUAUAUCUGUUGCAGUUGGGACUUGGCCGGCAAAGACAGAAUUGGAGUCGCUUCUUGCUACACGAAACGUUUCGCGUAUCUCUCACGUCAACCGUCGGCCAACGGCGUCUUGGUGA